CGCUGCAUCCGAUCUUGUUAUCAGACAUAGUUUUGAAAACGUUUCUAAGACACCAUUUUAGAAAUACGAGCCCAAAACGGGUUUUUCGCCAGUACAAAAACCCUGAAUGUCCCAUUCUCAGCUCGAAAGCUACAGAAGGAAGAAGCAAAAAAUUAAUUUAGGGUUUUCUUGUAAAUUCUAUAACUUUGCAAAGAAAGGUCAUGUAGAGCUGGGAGACGUCUCAUUUUAAUCAGAAAUGUACGGGCUACAAUUAUGCCUGAUUAAAAAGGUUUAGGUUAUGUUUUAGAGUUUCUGAAAACCUGGUUUUUCAGAAAGCCUUUUUCUGCUACUAUGGCCCACCGUUUUUUUUACACUUUUAAGGACAUCAAACGAUAGCUCUUGAAAAGUUACAUCUAAUGACAAAUUUCCGAGUUGGUCCAAGACUUUCAUCCGCGCUGUUUUUGGUUAGUACUGGCGAAAAACCCGUUUUGGGCUCGUAUUUCUAAAAUGGUGUCUUAGAAACGUUUUCAAAACUAUGUCUGAUAACAAGAUCGGAUGCAGCGUAAAAUUCUGCGUCGAACGGUGUGCUUUUCUAAGUAUCCUGGAGAUCGUGGAUGGAGAAAUAAAAAUUAUAUGUGAUUUUGAGGAAUUUUGAAAAAAACGAGUAAUUUUAGGCUCUCGCCGAAGUAAAGGCAUUUUGUUCGUCCUAAUGUUAAUAUUCAUGAUCAGCAUCGUCGAUUACAUAUGUCUGGACGCUUUUAAUUGAAAAUGAAAAUAAAAAAUUUUCCAAAAAUCCUGAGGGGGACCACAGGCCUCAAAAACCUGACCGAGAGCUGUCGCGAAACUAAGUGUGAGGAAAUGUUCCUACGCAUGCCCUGACAACAUUCCAGUGCAAAAAAGCUGAAAAAUUUGGGGGCGGGAAAACGGCCUUAAUGGACCACGUCCUUUCGCUUUAUAUUACUGUUUCGGACACAGGGAGCAUUUGGGGGAUAUUUGAUGAUAAAUUGAAAGUGCGCUUUUUCAAGAUUUAAAUAGCGUUAUAUAUAGCACAUCGGUGACUGAUGUUUCCAAUAAUUAUUAGUGAACAGAAUAUAUUUCGUUUUGAAAAAAUUGUUUACCUUACUUUUCUAGAUUAGUCACAAAAUUUUUGCUUCGGAGUUACAGUUAGCCUUAUCGCUCGCUCUCGUCCUUAAAUCCGAUCAUAGUUGGAGAAAAGAAAAUUAAAAAAACAAAGUAUCAUCAACUUUUGGUCUACACGUUACAACGAACCUUCCUCCACCUAUCUCCACAUUGUUCAAUCGAUAUAUUAAAUUUUUGUUCCAUGAUUGAUUUAAAGCUCCUCUAUAUAUGUAGACAUUGAACGAACAUAAUGAUCUCUCUACUGUACUUUCUCUUUCUUUUAACCACGACAAAACUGUCUGAGUGAGUGCAAGCACUUUGACAUCGUUUAUACACUCUUAUGUAGCCAUAAUCUUCACAACAAUAAAUGUUUACUUAACUCUCCAACGUAUUAACUUAACGCUGUUUUUUGUUUCUCUUGCAUACACACACUUUUCGAGAAGAAAGUAAAAACAAUUCAGUGUAGAGAUAGUCAAAAUGAAAAAAAUCGUAGCGUUGAUUUAAGAUAAGCACAUUGAAUGUCUUUAUGAACAACAAUUUAUGAGUUAAUAGGUUAUCUCGCUUUUUCCAUGUUACAAUUAAUAAUUGACUAGCCAAGCUGCUGUAGAGAUUUUAAAAGUUUUGAUUUUAUUCAUAUCACCGACAGAACUUUAGGAAAAGUUUCCAGACAAAAUGGCGAAAAAAGAUGUCCAUGAGAAAAUGAAAUUAGUUUCUAAAUUUUUCCUAAACUUUUCGUAGUAUCUCUCGUUAAAAAUAGAAAAUCUUGGAGUUAUCGAGUGUGUUGAAUACGAAAAAGCACUUUUCCGCUACUCUCCAUGAACGUUAUUUUUCUGUGGGUGACAUAACAAUGUAUUACCUCGACCAUUUAGUCUGAUAUGAACUCUUCUCAAUUUUCAUGUAUGCAGAACUUUCGAUCAAGAUACUAAAUUUCUUCGAACCAUGUAGUUUACUAAUUACAUUUGCGAAAAAGUUCUUCCAACUAGCACUUUCAGACUGCAUCACUAUACUCUUCAAAUUUGGAGAUAUUUUUCUUCAGCCGAGUUUCUUUUUGAUGUGAUACUGGUUACUUUGUAUCAGCGACAUUUGACAAGAACGCCACUUUCUCUUCACCUUAAUAGCGUUUGUAUUAAUUUAUAAUUCUUCAUCGCACUGACUGAUACCAUCGAUUAAAGAUGUUUAGAUAUGUAAUGAAGUGAACGUUGUCGAACUGAAGUUAUACACCAGUGGAACACGUGCAUAUUUGAUUAUUCUUUCAUCACUAGACAAUCACAUCCCAGGUCAAAAACAACUGACAUUUAAUAGGACAUAAAUGGCCUGUUAAUGAAAUGGCUAACAACGGGGUUUCAGCAGGCUUUUAGUUUAGAAAAAAUAGUCAGUUAACAGGCACCAUUUAUUCUCCUUCUUCUGACCUUUAAUGAUGACGUAAAAACAAGCAAUUAAUUGUGUGUUAGUAAGGAUCAGAUUUAGAUAACCAUUAAAUGGCAUUUUAUUAUCAGUUUUAUGACUGUUAUAUUUAACGGACACUUAACGUUUACCGUUUAAUUCACCCUUUUGUUCUGCUGCCCUCACUACUAUAUAUCUCACGUUGUUUUCUCAUAGAAAAUAUAGACUUUUGUUCUUCCUCGAGUAUAUAAGUCAUCGAAACUUGUGUUGAGGAAGUAGCUACUGGUUCGAGGUAGGAUGCCAUACCUAUAGAACUGAAAAUGUUCAAAAAUUUGAAAAGUCAUUUAUUUUGUAGUAGCAAUUAGAAAGAAAUUGUCAUUAUCAACAGUCGGAUUCUUGACCAUAAACAGCCAAUAAUUACGCAAAAAUGACGAUUAAACGGUCACUAUUGAAUGCUGCUUGUUUUAGCCUGUUUCUUGGCCGUUAAAAAAAUGACACUUUUAGAUAUUAAUACGUUCCCAGUUAUAAUACCAAAAAAUGGUCAAAAAACUGUAUUAACCAGCUAAAAAAUGUCAUUUAAGAUACAUUUCGUGGGCUGUUAGUAGACAUCUAACAGACAAUAAAUUACACCGUUUUCAACAUCCUAAGUAUAAUUAAAAUGUUAUUUUUCGAUUUAUUUUAGGUAAAUCUGUUCAUUUUGAAGUCGAUUUUGCAUCAGUAGACUUUGUCCUCAAAAAUACUUCUUCGUCGUUUUAUCACACGACCCAAUCGGGUUUUCCAAAUUCAUUACAUGUGGCUAAACAAGAUAUAAUUUCAAAUGAAAAUGGUAUUCAUAUUAGAUCGGAAAAUGGGUUGAUUACGUUUUCACCGGUAUAUUCUGAACAAUUAAUAAACUGUACAUGGAAUCUAAAUCGAUGCCCGAAAGAAAUAUUCUUUAUAUGGUUUCUGUCAAUUGACAAUGAUGUUGUUAACGAUUUUCCAACCAUCAAAACGAUAUUCGCUCAAAAAUUUAGCAAUGAUUUAGCAAUACUUGUAACAUUAGCCAGUAAUACAAUUCUCCGAUUUGAUAUUUGGAUUAGCACCAAUCGAGUAUUACGAACAGAAUUAAAAUCGUUUCCAUUAUCUCAAAAAUUAUUAAUUAAACUUGCUUAUAGAAAAAAUGAAUCAUUAUCGUUGUUUUUAUUUGGAAGAUUAAUUGAUCAUACCAGUUUCCCGUUGUAUGAAGAACAAAAACAAAUUUGGACUGGAUUCUCGUCAUUUAGUUUUGGACGGUUCAGCUCUUUACCAAGUGCAAAAUUUCGUGUUUGGUCAUUAGCAUGGAAUUACGAUCAAACGAUAAACGGUUUUGAUUUAGACAUUGAACUAAAAGAAAAUGAUCUGUUUUUAUCGUUAUCUGUCUAUCACGUGACAACAAGAACGAUGAAACUUGAACAAAUUGUACACUGUAAAAAUUCUUCAUCUGAUUUAUUAAAUGAAAUAAGAAAUAAUAUGGAUAUAAAAAUAAUUGUUGCCAGUUUAUUUGAUAUAAAUAUUAUAAUACCAACUAUUAAACUCUAUGGUUUAGCAUCAAUUAAACAAGAAAAAAUAUCUAAUUUAAAAUUUUUACAUUUAAAUGGAUUAAAUUCAUCAGCUGAAUUUGAAAUUAAUAAUAAUUUACAAAUGGCUAUUAAAUUAAAUCAUACUAUUAUUCUUAAUAUUAUAUUUCGUCUUCAUUCUAAAUUAAAUGAUAUGACAAAUGGUUAUUUUUUAUUACAUGGUAAUGGUCUUGAACUUUAUUAUGAAUUAUUAACAUUAACAUUAACAAUUCGAUUUAUUGUGGCUAGUGAUAAUCAAACAUAUGAAUGUGUAUUAUCAAAUAUUACAACCACUUAUCAAUGGUAUACAUUAUUAAUUGAAUUUAAUAAUCAACAUGGUCUAAUUGUCUAUUUAAAUAAUAUUUUAAUUGAACAAAAUAAUCUAAAUCUUAAUAUAUAUUCUGUCUAUGAAAUAAUUAAUAGUAAUGAAAAAGAGAGUACAAAUAUUAUUUUAGCAAAAUCUAAAUAUGAUAAUAUGUAUAAAAAUAAUGCAAAAAUUGAUAUAAAAAGUUUAAUUAUUUUGGAUAUUAAUGAACAUGUUGAUCUAUUAUCAAUUGAAUCAAAUUUAUUGAAAUUAAGUCAAUCUUUUAUGAAUGAUAAUAAAGAAUGGAUAUUUGUUUGUCAUCAUACGGGACGUUCUGAUGGUGAUUUAUCAAAAAGUAUACCAAAAAAUAUUGGUGAAUAUCCAACACCAAAACAUUUAAGAAUUAAAUAUAUAACAGAUGAAGAAGAAUAUGCACCAUCUGAAUCAUUAUCGUUUGCUAUUCGGACAAAUCAAAAGGAAAAAACAAUUGUUAUAUCUUGUUACUCAUUUGAAAAUAAUGUCAACUAUUAUUUUGAACUAGAAAAUGGACGUCCAAAAAUAUUGUUUACACAUGAAAAUUGGCCAGAUAUUAUAUUAACGAGUACUUCUAAUUUGAAAUCACUUAAUGAUGAUCGGUGGCAUCGAAUUGGUAUUGAAAGAAUUGAUAGAAAGUUUCGAUUUGAAGUUGAUAAUAUUAUACAAUCAGAAGUUCAACUACCAGAUAUAUGGCAAAUAAAAUCCAAUAUUCUUGUUGGUGCUGAAUUAAUUCCCGCUCCUAAUGAAGAUUUUCAAGGAAAAAUUGGAGAUAUGGUUGUGGCUAAUAUGGGACGUUCAUUAGUAUUUCAAGAAGAAGCUAUUGAUCUUGAAGAUGAUUCUCCAAUUCAAACAUCAGCAGUGACAACUACCAUCACAACUACAAUUCCCAAAGACAAUAGAAUUUUUGUUCUUGUUGAUAUGGAUUCAGAAACGACAAUAUCAUUUAUAUCGAAUGAUAAUGAUGAAGUUUUUAUUCCCGGAAUAAAAUCGGAUUUUGAUUCAUUUUCAUUAACAUUUCAAACUUAUCUUAAUUCUACAAUCUUAGCUACUUUAAUUAAUGAACCAUACUUUAUCGGAUUAGAAAUUGAUAUUGAUGGAAUUCUAAAUUUAAUUGUACAUGAUCAUAUUAAUUCAACUAGUCGUUUACGAUUGACAAAAGUAAAUGAUGGUAAAGAAUAUACGAUAGAAUUAAGAAAUGAUCGUCGAAAACAAUCGGGUAUUAUCGAAGCUUGGUUAAAUGAACGUUCAAAACAAAAAAAUUUAAUUGAAAUAAAUAAUCCAUUUUAUAUAAAAGAUAUUAUUCUAGGUGGACGAUUAGGUAAUUAUCGUUUUACAGCACAUAAUAAAUUUAUCGGUUGUAUAAGUAAUCCAAAAUUAAAUUUGAUCAAAGUCAAUAUAGCAGAUGUAGCAAAAUCACGUCGUAAUUGUACUAAUACAUUCAUUAAUGUAACAACAAAACAACAACAACAACAUCGUGUCAUAGAUGAUUAUUAUGUUCAUGAAUCAAUAUCGUUUCGUGAACAAGAUCGACCAUUACCAUUUUUAUUUUCGGAUAAUGAUCAACGUGAAUUUAAAAUUUUAUCAUUAACAUUUGUUACCUUCGAACUAAACGGUAUUCUAUUUUCCUUAGCCGAUAAAUUGUAUGAUAAUUUCGUCACAUUAAGUAUACGUAAUGGCGUAUUAUAUGUAACAUUCGAUAAUCAUGUACACAAACGAUAUAUAUUUUCAUUGAAUCGAACAGUCAACGAUGGUAUUGAACAUCAAAUUAUAAUUAAAAAUAAUCAAGAAAAAGAUUAUAUAGAAUUGGAUAAAAUUAAAUAUUUUUUAUCCUUUAAUCUAGUUGUACCAUUUUAUUUGAAUUCAAUUUAUUUUGGACAAAUUGAUGGAUUUGCUAAACAACACUAUGAUUUAGAGGGAGAAAAUUUUGUUGGUUGUAUGAAAGACGUUUUAUUCAAUGAAAAACCAUUGAUAAGACGUGAUCAAAUUAAUGAUUUGUCAAGAUUAUCAACAUUAUGUAAAUUAACAUAUCGUCCAAGAAAAAAUGUUAUCUCCUAUGUUUCACCGGAUAUUAGUUUUUCCAUGAGAGAUCGGCGUGAUAUUAUCGAGUUAAAUGUCAAAGGUAAUGAUGAAUUUUACUAUUGUCAAUUACCAAUUAAAACAACAAACAAAAAUGCCGUAAUUAGUUCAAUGUAUUCAAAUGAAGAUAAUCGUGGUAUGGUAUUCUAUGUUAAAGAUGGAAAAUUUCAAUUAAAAUAUUAUCCACCGAACGGUAAAGCAAAAUUACUUUAUUCCGAUAAUUUGACAAUAAGCGAUGGAGUACAACAUCGUGUUAUUGUAACAAGAAAUGCAGAUAAUCCUACAGUCACAUCGCAAACGAAUAAUAUUAAUCACAUUAAUGAAAAUAUGUACGUUCAAAUUGAUAAACGUUCUGCAUUAAUUCCACUACCAGAACGAUCACCAUUAUUCUUUGAUGUUGUUACAAUUGGAGGUCCAUAUCGACAUAUCUAUGAUUCGGAUUAUUCUAAUGUUGGCACGUAUACAGGCUGUUUUGCUAAUAUCACCUAUAAUCGACAUCCAUUAUUACCCGAAGGUGUUUUAAAACCCGAUCGUUAUGAUUGUUUUUAUCAGUCAGGAAUGUUAUGUGAUCGUCAGAGACCAUGUAACCUACAGCCACCGUCAAUUCUACCACCUUCCAUAGUGCAGGCAUCACCAUCACUUACUCAAUUUUGUGGUCAGACAGAUUGUAGUAUGGUUUGUACUCCAAAACUAGUUGAUAUUGGUAGCACCGGUCUAGUUCGAUACAUUUCUCAAAUUGGUCCAGGACAACGAGAACAAAUCGAUUUUACCAUUUAUACAAAUUCACCAAAUUCAACAUUGUACAUAGCAAGAGAUGGUGUUACACAAGUAUCGAUUACAAUCGUGAAUUAUUCUCCAAAGUUUUUGAUUCAAAAUGGUCCGUCUGUUCAAACUUAUGAUUUUCCCGGUAAACUAACCAAUGCACAAUGGCAUGUUCUAAAAUGUCAAAAAGACAGAAAUUCGUUGAAUCUAACACUUGAUUAUCAAAGCAAAUAUUACGGCAACAUUGCAACGUAUUUCAGUUUAUUUGGCGACAGAAAAAUUCACAUUUGUGGAACUAAUUAUUAUGGUUAUGUUCAAGAUAUUAUGCUCUUGGCUGAUAGCCGUCGUGAGAAUGUAAUCCAAAAUUGCAUUCGAAAUCCAUCAUUAAUUGAAGCUGAUCCUGGUGUCGCUUGGAAUGUGCAUGCGCCAAUUCAAGCCCCAUGUGCAACGGUGAAUUGUCAAAAUGGAGGAUAUUGUAUUUCAGCACCAACAGGUCCAUUUUGUAAUUGUCCAACCUUUUAUACCGGAUUACGUUGUGAAUCACCAGUUUCUGUUGAUCCGUGUAUAUCAUAUCCCUGUGGCCAAGGCACCUGUCGUAAAGAUCGAAAUCAACAACCCUAUUGUGAAUGUUAUUCAGGAUAUACUGGUAGUCGAUGUGAAACACGCGAAGAUCCAUGUGCUCGUUUGACUUGUAAUAAUGGCCGAUGUGAAGCAGAUCGCGGAACUGCAUAUUGCCGUUGCUAUACUGGCUGGACUGGUCCCGACUGUGCAACACCAUCCGAUAUUUGUUCACGAACAAAUUGUAAUUAUGGUACAUGUAUAAAUGAACCAAAUGAUCAAUAUCGGUGCGAAUGUUCGGUUGGAUAUGAAGGCCGAAAUUGUGAACGUCAAGUUGACCCAUGUUUAACCCAUGCAUGUUACAAUCAGGGUGUAUGUAUCGUGCAGAAUGGUCAACCAUUAUGUCGUUGUACAUAUGGUUAUACCGGUCAUGAUUGUUCUCAGUUACAGGAUGUUGAUCCAUGUUUGAGAUAUGAUUGUUAUGGUGGCACGUGUCGAAAUGAAGGUGGAACUGCCCGAUGUAUUUGUCCAACAGGACGAUUUGGAAGUAAAUGUGAAGAUGAUGUUUGUCAAGUAUAUCCCUGUCUCAAUGGUGGACGUUGUAUUCCAGAGGGUCAUACCCGACGUUGUGAUUGUUAUCCACCAUAUCAGGGAGAAGAUUGUCGUGAGACACCACCUGUUGAUGCAUGUGUUGGAAUGAAUUGCAAUCACGGAGUAUGUCGAGGUGGUUAUUGCGAAUGCCCACGAGACUAUAGUGGACCCUAUUGUGACAUUCCUACUGACCUAUGUGCUGGUAUAAAUUGUGGAUAUUAUGGUGAUUGCCAAGAGGGACGAUGCAUUUGCCGAGAUGGAUAUAGUGGAGCGUACUGCGAUAUCCUACCAAUUCCAAUUCCAACCGAAGCACCUAAGCCAAAAACGACACUUCCCUCUCUGGCGGUAGGCAUACCUGUUCAACAGACAGGAGGACUAUUAAAAAAAAACGGACAAUUAAUUGAUUAUGGUCGGAUUGGUGGAGGUCGAGAAAAACACAUUGGUUUUAUAUUAGCGAUUGCGUCUGCGUUUAUGUUAUUGCCAUUGGCAGCUAUACUAGCGGCAAGAAAAUGUGCAGACGGAAUGUGUAUUCCAGGUGGUCCAGUAGGCUAUGUACCGAUUAAAAGAGGUGUAUCUGCAGUGAGUCAAACAGAUGGUGGACAAUUUCAAAAUAAUGCGUUAUAUGACGGUGGUCCACGAAAUGCUCGUGAUUUACAAUUGGUUGAUGAGCGUGAUGGAUUACUAAGAGGAGAUAAUGCCGCAGCAGCUGCAGCUGCAGGGAAAACCGAAACAGAAAGAAUCGAACGUAUACAUGAACGAAUUGUAGAAAGUGUUUAUCCAGAUCAAUAUGCUGGCGGUGUAUUUGCCUACCCGACAAUGUCAUCAUCAUCAAGAUUUGGAGAUUUUUCUCGUGAACAAGCUCAUCAGAGUGCAUCUUAUUCCGACAGAAGAGAACGAUUUGUUGACAGCGGUUAUGCCGGCGAUGGCCUUGUUUAUCAACCUCCGCCUAUCGGCGAUUUUGGAUUUGGUGUUCCUUACGGUGUACGAACUGGUGGAGGAAUGGACGGAUAUCGUGUUAAUGAAACAUUAGAAACAUGGGAAGGCGGCGCUGGAGGUUAUACAAUGGAUUCAAUGUUUGGUGGUGCUGGUGGUGAAAAUAUGACAACCGAUUAUGAAUUAAGUAAUAUCAAUACUGUCAGUAUGACGCCAAAUGGAAAAUAUGCGAUUGUUGGACAAUCACAGGGACCACCACAAAUAUGGGAUGCUGUGAAUGGUCAAUUGGUAUCGAGUUUACAAGGUUCAUGUAAUAAUUGUACCAAAGUCGCAUUAGCUUGUAAUGGCACUCUUCUAGUUGGCUUAGCCAGUGAUGGUCUCGAUGCUCAACCAUGCGUAUUACAAAUAUGGGAUGUAAAUACUGGUAAACCGGUUCAAUUGACUCAUCAAAUAAAAUGUGCAACAUUUACAUUAAGUAACAAUUCAAAUAGUUUAGUAAUGGCCGGUAAUCAAAAAUAUGGACGUGGUAUUUCUGUUGGAAUAUUAGAUUUAGGAAAUUCUGAAUUAAUAAAAGAAAUCAAAUCGGAUACUCAUCAGUCAUAUGGAAAUACACCAAGUUUUAUAUCUUUAACACCCGAUGAACGAUUUGCAGUUGUUGGAUGUCAAGCAUCCGGAAAUAUUACAAACUAUGUUAUAUUUGAUUUAACAACGAAUCAAGAAUUAGUACAACCAUUAUCGAUUGCUCUAGAUUGUGAUCCAAAAUGUUCAAUAGUAUUAAAUAAUGAACAAGUAUUAACUGGUACAAGAAAUGGUCAAUUAUUAUUAUGGGAUGUUGCAUCAUGUAAUCGUACUGGUUCAUUGACUGAGAAUGGACAACAACCACAUAGAGAUCGUAUAACUGAUGUAAAAUUAUCACCUGAUAAACAAUUUGUUGUUAGUGUAAGUGCUGAUGGCACCGGAAAAGUAUGGGAUACAAACACAAAAGAACUUGUGUCAAAAUUAUUAGGACAUAAACGAGAGAUUACAUGUGCAUGUAUAUCAACAAAUCAACUUGUAGCCACUGGAUCGAAAGAUCAAACGAUAUGUUUAUGGCGUUUACAAACAGGACAAAAUGCAUCGACCAUGCCGAUAAACAUGGUUCCUAUUGACUUACAUAUUGCUGCACAUAAUCGUACAAUAGUCGCUAUUGGAGAUAAUAACGAAAGACAAUUAUUAAUGUUAAGAAUUGUCGCUAUUCAACGAUAA